GGGUCUGGAUAUCUCCUUCGAAUGCAAAUAAACUGAUCAGUAGAAGCUCAACUUCACUAAACUAAAAUCUUCUUUAACACCACACACCACAGAGGGAAACCACCACUGCUACAGUACUGAAACAAUGCCUGGCGAGGUGAUUCUUCUGGACACAAUUGUCAGCAUGUUCGGGAUGAGGGCCAGGAUAGCGUUGGCGGAGAAAGGUGUAAAGUACGAGUACAAGGAGCAGGACCUGAGAAACAAGGGCUCUCUUCUUCUUCAGAUGAAUCCGGUUCACAAGAAGAUCCCUGUUCUCAUCCACAACGGCAAGCCCAUCUCUGAGUCUCUUAUCAUUGUUCAAUACAUCGAUGAGGUCUGGAAGGACAAAUCUCCUCUGCUUCCCUCCGAUCCUUAUGAGAGGGCUCAAGCUAGGUUUUGGGCUGAUUACGUCGACAAAAAGAUAUAUGAUCCUUCGAGGAAGAUAUGGACCACGAAAGGAGCAGAGCUGGAGGCAGCCAAGGAGGAGUUCAUAGGAGUUCUGAAGGUCUUAGAGGAUGAGCUUGGUGACAAGCCAUUCUUUGGAGGCGACAAAUUUGGGUUUGUUGAUGUUGCUCUGGUCACUUACUAUAGCUGGUUUUACUCCUACGAGAGCUGUGGCAAUUUCAGCAUAGAAAGUAGGCUGCCGAAGCUUGUUUCAUGGGCCAAGAGGUGCAUGGAGAAGGAGACUGUUUCUAAGUCCCUUUGCGACGAGAAGGUUGUCUAUGACUUGGUUGUUCUGUUGAGGAAGAAGUUUGGCAUUGAGGAGUAGGGAGGGUGCUCAAUAUACCAUUUGCAGAAAUCAAUAUAUAUGGAUAUGUAUAGUCAGGUCAGGUGUUUUCGGAGUUCUGUCUUAAUUUUUCUCCUGUCUUCCUUAUCGUAUAUUACAAAAUGAACAGACACUUGGAUGUGUCUCUAGAACACGUAGGAGAUGUUUUGAAUUCAAAUAACAUUAAUAAAUAAACAAUCUAGAAAGUAGCGUGACGUUU